GGCAGUUGGGGGAAGCCACCAGUGGCGGAGCUGGCAGAGACGGGAAGGAGGGAAAGACAGACAGAGGAGAGAGACAGGAGGCAGGCAGGGAGACAGCUACAAGACGGGGGAGGCAGCCCCGAAACAGAGCGUUUCACCUCGUCUGACCGUCUGUUACGUUACGAAACGUCACUUUGAGGCUCUGACAGCGGCGGAAUAACUGAAGAGGAUAUGUGACUGGCCUUUUUUUUUUUUUCUUAGCUUAUUUCACAACCCGGGGGUCAACAACGUAAACACAGCCGCAGUGAUCCCAUCAUCCCUGACCUUGUGGAUUAGCUGGCUGCCUUCAUCUAAAGGGAUGCCCCAUUGAUUACUGCUUUCUAACAAAGCCCAUUGAUUACAGUGAGGGUGUUGGAAAGGCCGCGAUCACAGCUAUGUCAACGCUGCAUCAGGAUAUUUCAAGUCACGAAAGCCUGCAGUAGAGGACUGACAGGAGUUUGUGUUUUUUCAGCUGCACUAUUUAGGGUUCCAGAUUUCUUUUUUAGGGCAUCCAUCCUUAAUUUUUUGCUUUCACUAAUCUGAGUUUUUGUGUAAUUUUCAGCAUGUAUUUUUGAUUCACUUGAUUUAUUCAUUUGAACCAGACACGCUUUCGUCUCUACAGUACACACAACAUAAUUCACCAUGUACGGUAGCUCCCGUUCUGUCUCAAAGCUGGAUGUUGUUGGAUCCAAUGGUAAUGGGUCAGUGUCUGGAAGUCCCGGUCGCUCCCCACGACUUCCUCGCUCCCCACGCCUUGGACACCGAAGAAACAGCAGUAGCAGCUCUGCUGGCGGGCUCACUGGGUCCGGUAAAACACUGUCCAUGGAGAAUAUUCAAUCUCUGAAUGCCGCCUACGCAACGGGCGGGCCAAUGUACUUCACUGACACAGCCGACGACCCUGUCGGCAUUGGGAGCUUGGGCAGUGGGUUGAAUCCCUCGCUGCCCAAAAACACCAUGACCCUGGGCAGGGCUGGGGCCAGAAUGCCCUAUGGGGUCAGAGCGGCCAUCAUGGGGAGCAGUCCUAAUAUAAACACUGGAGGAGGUGGAGCGGUCAUGCCCAGUGAUGCAAUUGCAUUUGGAGGGGAGAUGCAAAAUCAACCUUCACAGGCGUCUACUGUGCCCCACUCCAUGAGACAGGUGAGAGAAGGUGCAAUGUCAGAUCUACAGACACAAUUAAGAGAAGUGCUGAGAGAGAACGAACUGCUACGCAGAGACCUGGAGGCUAAAGAGUCCAAGCUGAGCUCCUCCAUGAACUCCAUCAAGACGUUUUGGAGUCCAGAGCUGAAGAAAGAGAGAGCGCUGAGGAAAGAUGAAGCCACGAAGAUGGCUGUGUGGAAGGAACAGUACCGAAUGGUACAGGAGGAAACACAGCAUUUUCAGUGCACCAUCCAGGCUCUACAAGAUGAGCUCAGAAUCCAGCGGGAUCUCAACCAGCUCUUCCAGUCCGAUUACUCAGAGACUGGUCUCCUCGGAGGCCAGUCCAUCUCACCUCAGGAAAUGACAGAGGAGAACUUCCUGCGUCUUCACAGCGAGUUCGAGCGACAGGUCAAAGAACUCUUCCUCCUGAGGAAGACUGUGGAAGAAAUGGAGCUAAGGAUAGAUACACAGAAGCACACACUAACUGCCAGGGAUGAAUCCAUAAAGAAGUUACUGGAAAUGUUGCAGAGUAAAGGCCUGUCGUCAAGGGCAACCGAGGAGGACCAUGAACGAACAAGGCGACUUGCCGACGCUGAGAUGACCAUCCACCAGCUGGAGGGUUUUCUGGAGCAAAAAGACAAGGAGAUGCUACAACUUAGAGAGGAGCUGCACAGGAGAUACGAAGCAGCUCCAGAGUCAACAAAGACCAAGGCUCUGCAGACAGUCAUUGAAAUGAAGGAUGCGAAGAUCAGCUCGCUGGAGCGCGGCAUGAGAGAGCUGGAGGAGGAGGUGAACAUGCUCAAGUCCAACGGGGCUCUGAGCAGCGAGGAGAGGGAGGAGGAGAUCAAACAGAUGGAGGUCUACAGAUCCCACUCCAAGUUCAUGAAGAACAAGGUUGAGCAGCUGAAGGAAGAGCUAACGCAAAGCCAGUCAGAGAAGGAGGAGCUAAGGCAACGAGCCAAUGAGCUUCAGCGGGAGGUGUCUGCAAUGGAACAGGCCAAGCAGGACCUGAGUCGUAAGGACAGCGAGCUGUUGGCUUUCAGGACCAAACUGGAAACUCUUAACAAUCAGUUCUCUGACAGCAAACAACACGUGGAUGUACUCAAAGAGUCACUCACUGCCAAGGAACAGAGGGCUGCUAUCUUACAGACAGAGGUGGAUGCUCUCCGCCUGCGUCUGGAGGAAAAGGAAUCUCUCCUCUCUAAAAAGAGUCAGCAGAUAUCAGAGCUGACAGAGGAGAAGAGUACUCAGCAAGGAGAGAUCAGUGACCUCAAAGACAUGCUGGACGUCAAGGAACGCAAAGUUAAUGUACUGCAGAAGAAGAUAGAGAACCUGCAGGAUCAGCUGAGGGAUAAAGAGAAACAGCUGGGCGGCCUGAAAGACAGAGUCAAGUCUUUACAGACGGACACCUCCAACACAGACACAGCACUGGGAACACUGGAGGAGGCUCUGGCUGAGAAGGAGCGAAUCAUUGAGCGGUUGAAGGAGCAGCGAGAGAGGGAGGACAGAGAAAAGGGGGAGGAGAUUGACUCCAGCAAGAAGGAGCUGAAGGAGUUGAGGGAGAAAGUCUCCCAGCUGCAGGCUGACCUGGCCGACCGUGAGACGUCAGUGUUGGAUCUGAAGGAAAAGGCUUCCUCUCUGGCUUCCUCCGCUCUGAAGAAGGACAACAGGCUGAAGAGUCUGGAGAUCAGUCUGGAGCAGAAGAAAGAGGAGUGUGUCAAACUAGAUAACCAACUCAAGAAGGCUCAGAGUGCAGCCGCAGAUUCCCAGGCCAACACUGAACUUUCCGAACGCAUCUCCUGCCUGGAGCAGGAAGUGGCCCAGCACAAAGAGGAGGCUGGAAAGGCCCAGUCCGAGGUGGAACGACUCCUGGAGAUCCUGAGGGAGAUGGAGAAUGAGAAGAACGACAAGGAGAAAAAGAUCCACGAACUGGAGAGUUUUGCCUCAAGACAGAUGAAGGACCAGUCGAAGAAGGUGGCCAACCUGAAACACAAGGAGCAGCUGGAGAAGAGCAGGAACGCCCAGCUGGUGGAGGACGCCAAGAAGAGAGAGGACAAUCUGAACGAGAGCUCGCAGCAGAUAAAGGACACCCUCCGUCAGAAGGAGGAGCGCAUUGAGGAGCUGGAGGAGGCGCUGAGGGAAAGCGUUCAGAUCACAGCAGAGAGGGAGGUGGUCCUCGCCCAGGAGGAGCAGGCACGCACACACUCGGAGAAACAGGUGGAGGACCUGCUGCUUGCCAUGGAUAAGGUGAAGCAGGAACUGGAGGUGAUGAAAGCCAAGCUGUCGUCAACUCAGCUCUCACUGGCAGAGAAGGAAGGUCACCUGACCGCCCUGCGAGCCGAGAGGCGGAAGCACCUGGAGGAGGUCCUGGAGAUGAAGCAAGAGGCGCUGCUGGCAGCCAUAAGUGAGAAAGAUGCCAACAUCGCCCUGCUGGAGCUCUCCUCAUCCAAGAAGAAGAAAACCCAGGAAGAGGUGGCAGCUCUGAAGAGGGAGAAGGAUAGUCUGGUUCAUCAGCUCAAACAGCAGACUCAAAACCGGAUGAAGCUGAUGGCUGACAACUAUGAGGACGACCACCUGAAGGUCACCUCUCCAAACUCAGAGCAGCCCAACAAUCACAAGCCCUCCCCAGACCAGAUUCUCUCUCCUCUCCUGGAUCUCAAUCAGAAUCGCAGCAAACUGAAGCUGUACAUCAGUCACCUGACCUCACUGUGUCAGGAGCGAGACCCAAUCAUAUUGCAGGACUUCGCCCCGCCCCCCGCCUAUCACCGCUCUGACUCCGCCUCCUGGAAUACGCAGCUGCACAGCAUGACGCAGGAACAGUUGGAGGCGGAGUUAGCGCUGUGUGAGAGGGAGGGGGCAGAGCUCCAGGAGUACGCCAACCAGGUCCUGCAGCAGAUCGCCGACCGAUGCCCCGACAUUUUGGAACAAGUCGUCAACGCGCUGGAGGACAGCAGCUGACAGAUCGAUUGCACACACAUCGACUAGCUGGCACACAUACAUGGGAUGGCUCGCUGUCAUACGUCAACAUCAGAAGUUAAAAAGCCCCCACAAACAAAAAACACACCGACGACUUUGUCUUCCACCUUCACUCAUCCAAUUUUCACAAAAAGGGGAUCCACAAAAGAAAAAAAUUGAAAAGUACAGAAAAUAAUCUUCCACUGUGUCUUUAGUCGCUAUCAUUUUGAACAGUGCCAGCUGAGGAGACAUAUUGUUCAUUUUAAUUUCAAAGUGCUUUGUAGGCAUGCAAGUUAAUUGGAAAUAGUUGAUGUUUGUCGAGACGUAUUUUCCCAACGAUGCCGAAACAGAAGGAACCCAAACUGCGAUUUCCCACUUCACCGCGGCCAUCUUGUGUCCUUCCAGGCAGUGAGCAGUUGGAUCCUCAGUCGUGACUCGAUGUAUUUUACGGAGGGAGAAAGAUUCUCAAACUGUCUAUAAAAGGUGAGAGUGAGUUGAGGUUGCCAGGUUGUUUCUGAUGCCAGACUUACACGCUGUUACCACAUUGUUUGAUUGGUUCAGAUACAAAAGUGUGUUUAUUUCAGCUGCCUUUUAUUCUUUACAUCAUUUGCUGCUAUCUUUGUAACUUCUAGUUCCUAUUUUUUUGGGGGGUUUUUUCCCCAUUGCUUGUAAUUUUUUUCUGCCUGAUAUCUGAUGAAACAUCCCAACUUGCAGUCUCUUUAAGGAGUAAUCUCCUCAUGGUUGUGUAAAAUUGUAUAGAGAGAGUUUUAAUUAACAGAAACACAGCUUUGGUCGAGGGGAACGCGACACUUUCAUCUGUUUUUUUUUUCUUUUUCCUGAUUGAUGAGAAUCACGAACUACAAUAAAAAUCUCGCAGUACUCCCUUUAUUAGAACACGGCAGUGUAGAUGUUUCGUGUUUCAGUUACCGUGAGUUUCCUCACUUAUCCUUCCGUGACAAUCGUUUCCCUUAUUGAGACAUCUUUCGUUUCUGUGUUUUUUCUUGGGAGGAAGGGGAAUAUGAAAUAAUUGCUCUAUAUUUUUUUGCCUUUGGUAAUAUAUAUAUAUAUAAAAAACACUAAUCUUGUUUCAUUGGAAAUAUUGUCAUGUAUUGGUUGUUGCAUAAUGUGUCAAACUCUUCUUUUUUGUCUUUCUUUUUUUUUUGUUUUUUUGUUUGUGAUUUGAACGUUCCCCCGGAUUUGUUCCAUAAAGCAGGAGACUGUUAUCGGGAACGUUUAUUGCACCCACGUGUGGUUUUGUGUCCACCGGGAAAGUUUCUUAUUGUUUACAGCGGAAAUGACACUCUGAUGCAUGUUUCCCUCCAGCACGAUGUUAAAACGCUUACAGCACGGAGCGCUAGAGGUUCAAAAUGUUUCAGUCAAAAGCUCCUCUAAUGGUUUUUUUAUUAUUAUUUUUAUUUUCAUUAUUAUUAUUUAGUCUUGUCCUGUAGUGAGUGCUGAUAACACGAGCGGCCACAUGCGACUUGUUUGGCGCCGCUCCCCGAAAAGAAUUUCCCUGGUGGACACAAAGCCUGAAGAUGCGGAUUUAAGACUGAACACUCACAUCUGAUUUCACACCAUCAUGUGGAGUUUUUCAUUCCAAAACGUGUCUGCUUUUCAGUUUGGGGGGGAAAAAAAAAAAAAGCUUUAACGAUCGUGAAGAGUUAGUGCAACAUUUGUGAAAUGCCUCCUGUUUUGGAAUGAGACUCCGUCAGAUGUGAGCCGGUGGUGUAAAUCCAGUGUUUCGUCGUCUGUUUUAUACUGAUAAUGUUUUUGUCAUUUGGGAACGGUGACGACUGGGACUCACCGAGAACCUUGCUGUGGAUUGAAAAUGUGGAAUGAGAGAAUGGAAUAAAAUAUGGAUUUGUCUUUA